GAUGGCAUGAACGUGAGUUUCGGAAUGGGUUUCUAGUAGGGGUAUGGCGUUGAUAUAUAUUGAAUUCUGCAAUUGUUCGGGCCCUCCUCGUCGUCUUGAUGACAAUGCUUCACUGUUGUCCUGUAUGGCGGUGAUUUUCACAUGUCAGUCCCCCGCUUCAUUUCAGCCUGCACGCAGCGCAGCGUGACCUCCAACCAUAAAAUGCUCUCGAUGAAGGAACUUUGCUUGAGGAGUUGAACAUCCCCCCUUUCCACAAACCAAACAGCAAUGCCUCCCAACAGCUGUGUCCUUCCCAACCCGUCGAGCAAGGUGGCUACCAUUCGCCCGCUGGCCGCCUCCGAAAUAUUCCCACGGCUCAGGCAGGAAGUCGAAAAGGACCCGUCCUUGGCUGGAGGCCUGAAGGGGUUGUUCAUCAUCCAAGUACUCCAAAACAAAGGAGAAACUGGCGAUGCCCAUUUUCAAGAAUGGUACAUGCUUUUCACUGGUGUUCCCAGUAAACCCACCAUCACAUCUACCCGUCCCGAACUCCCGCUUACGAGUGGGAAACCCUUGCCGAUUGUCCUUCUACAGCUCAAAGAUGAGGAUUUGGUCAGGUUUUGUGCGGGUGGUUUGAGUGGGAUGCAAGGCAUUGUGAGUGGGCGUAUCAAAGUUGGUGGAGAUAUUGAUUUGGCGCUAGGAUUGGAGCGUUUGUUUGUUCAGGCUGGAGGUCCGGAGAGAACGUUGGAGAUAUUGAGGAGUCGUAAGGAGGGCGAUGGGCAGCAGGCUAAACUUUGAGGGUGUGAUACAUUUUCUCAUUCUUCAUCGGUUGGGCGUCCUUUGAUAACUACUAUAACAGAGAGAGGGUAUAACUUGACAAACCAC